CAGUUUACCCCGUAAAGUUCGUGCGAGUCAGUCAUCCGCAUUUUUUCCGGAUGAUGUGCGCAGGAAAAUAGGGCGUUGUGGAGACUCCCUCAUUCAUUCGCAGAGAAAAGUCUGUGUCCGUAAAGACGUGGUGACGAGUGUAAUGUAUCCUUAAGAGACCUGAAAAAGGAAACGGGCGUUUUGACUUGGUCGGAGCAGGAUAGUUCCAAUGUGCGCACAGACUAGGCUCUGCGUAAAGAAUCGUAGACUCCGGAGAUAAGCUAAAAUUUACACUUAAAAGACAAGUUUAGAAGCUCAUCUGCAGGCUUUGGACCAGUUUGAUCGCUCAUGCGCACAACAGACUAGGAGUUUAAUUAAGGGGUGAUUUACUUCCUCAUUUUGCGCACAAAGAGGAUAAACUAACAUUUGUGCAUCCCAGAGGUGUUCAGCCUGUGUUCGAGGAAGACAUGGCCAAGUUAUUUCGAGCUGCUAUCAUGGGUCCACCAGGAUCAGGGAAAGGAACGAUAUCCAAAAGGAUUGCGGAAAGCUUUGGCCUGCACUAUCUUUCCAGUGGCCACUAUCUGCGAGAGAGCAUAGCUGCAAAUACAGAGGCAGGUUUGAUGGUGAUGAGCUAUGUAGAGAGAAGCAUGCUAGUCCCUGACCAUGUGAUGACCAGACUGAUGCUGCCUAGACUGGAACAGCUGAUCGGCCACAGCUGGCUGCUGGACGGUUUUCCCCGGACUCUAACACAGGCCAAAGCCCUGAACAAUUUGUGUCAGAUGGACUUGGUCAUCAGCCUCAACAUCCCCUACGAGACUCUGAGGGAGAGACUGAGCGACCGCUGGAUCCAUCCAAGCAGCGGUCGAGUCUACAAUAUGGGCUUCAACCCGCCACGAGUGCAGGGUAAGGAUGAUGUCACCGGGGAGCCACUGAUUCAGCACGACGACGACAAACCAGAAGCCCUGAUGUCCCGACUGAGGCACUACAAAGAUGUGGCCAAGCCUGUCAUAGACUUAUACAAGUCACAGGGAAUCCUGCACUCAUUUUCCGGUACAGAGACGGACCGGAUUUGGCCUUAUAUCAACUCCCUCCUCAGCACCAAGAUGCACACGCAGCCGUCAGACGCCUUCCAAACCCGGACGCCCUGACAUUUCUCUAAAUGAAAGCAACACAGGGAAACAUCCUGAAGCAGCCAGAGGAAGUGGGGUGAUGUUUCCAUAUGCUGGCCUCAGCUUGCCGAUCCUUAAUAGUGAGCUUUAGAGAGACGGAUCAGGACACAGAUCAAAACUGUAGUCAUCCAACAUGUUUGUGAUUCAAUCACCAGUUGUUUAUUUUCAAAUGAAUGGUUGUAUGAAAACAUUUCUAGGGGUUUAUUGGUUGUGUUGAUUUCUCCAUUAUCACAGUGAAAUGUUCACAUCCUUCAAGGCAAUAUAAAAAGUGUAAUUUUACACAAGCACUCACCAUCAAGCAACAUUUUUGUCUUUUUGCGUGCAAGUGUUCCAGUUUCAACAAAUUGAAUUUAAAUCAUAACUCAUUCAGGGAAGCGGAAACUAAAGGUUAAAAGCAAAAGAGAAGUACAGGAAAGAAGAAUUCCUUGCACCAAACAAACCAAAAUAUUUAGUGUCUCACUCUAACAUUAAAUAUGUGAUACAAAACUCUUUAAAAUGAUUGUGAAAACAAGGCUUUAAUGAAAGUAAACAUAUGGGAUAUUACUUAAAUGGUCUGUUAUCUUUACAGAAUUGUUUAAUUACGCUUUAAGCGCACAAUAUAUAAUUUUCUGCCGAUAGCAGUAUCUUAAUCAAAACAGUAACAAAAAGGACAGUUUGGUGACAUCAUGAAGCAGCUGCUGCUGUCGAGCUGAAUUAUUGGCAGAGGUGUGCUCAUCUCCAAAAAAACAAACAGACUGAAUAUUGUUGUUCCAAUGCUGUUCCACACACACAGGACGCUCUGGGGGUUUGCGAGUGACGUUUUCUCAGCUUGUUUCCCGAUAAGUUCAGAGCCAGACAUCUGAUUACUAAAAUCCUUCAUCUGGUAAGUUAAAAACUACCAAGAUCUCUUGUAAAAAUUUGGCUUAAAACAGGAUUAAAAGUCAAUUUAUGACGGCUUCGGACUGUCAGCUUCUGAUACAUGUGUAAAGGGGAUAUGACGCCAUUGACAGGUGACUAAAUUAAAUGGAUUAAAUUAAAUUAGGGAUUUCUCAAAUAUUGAAGAUUGUUGGAAACAUUUUGAGAUAAUGGGCAUACAUAACCCAACAAAAUAUAUGACAUAGGUCUAGUUGUUUUUGGACAUUUUAAUGAGGGAAAAUUUAAAUAUAAAUCCUUUCAAUUUUACUUCAUAAACCAAGCAAAUGUUACACAGGUGCAUCUCAAUACAUUAUAAUAUCACGGAAAAGUCAAUUUCCUGUCGUUCAAGUCAAAUAGCCCCAACCAAGGAUUGAGUGCAUAUAGAUGGAUAUGCUUUUCAGAGGCCAACAUUUCCAUAUUAAACAUACUUUUUAAAAUUGGUCUUUUGUAAUAUAAUUUUUUUGAGACACUGAAUUUUAGGCCUUCAAUAAAUGUAAGCCAUCAUUAUAAUAAUAAGAAAAAGUUAAAUUAAGACAGCAAAUGUUUCAUUUGGUGUGUAAUUGACUUAAUGUGUUAUUUCCACUUUUUGAAUUGAAUUAAUAACAUAAAUACACUUUCUAUGGUAUUCUAAUUCAUUGAGAUGCACCUGUAUGUAUGUAUAUACCUUAUACAAUUUUGGAGUGAAACCUUUAAUUACCCUUACAUAUCAAAGUAAGAGAGGAAUUUUAGGAUUCAUUGAGUACACAACCAUAUAUUCUUAUUAAAUUCAGCCUCACCACAGCCUUAACUAAAAGAUGCACUGAGGGCAAAACUGACAUUCUUCAUUUUGUCACAUCUAAACAGAAGAGUGUUGUGUUUUACGCUGCUGUACAUAAUGCCUACAUGUCAGAUGUUACAUAUACAACAACCCUGCAGAACCAGCUUUGAAUUGUUGUGAAUAUAUCCAUCAAUUUCAUUAAAACAAUAUGCACUGUAUAAUUGGCUAUUCUCUACUUUGGUACUGAAAUGCUGCAGAAUCUUAUGCAAACUGCGGGACAACCUACUGGGCUGGUGCUAGACUUGUACAAGAUGCAAGGAGCCGUCGCAGUCACUCUAGAGCACACUCUGUGGCUGGGAUGAAGACCAAUGCACAGAACAUAGAGUGCCUUAAAUGCUGUUACAUUCCUUUAAAUAUAAAAUGUUGUCUUGUCUUUAAUCCUUAAAAUGUCACAGAUUGUUGUUUGUAAAAUGUUAAGUUUUGCAGUGUUUGUUCAACUUUAAGAUAAUUCUGCGUAUAACUUUAGGAGGUCACUUUUAUGAUUCGGGGGGCAUGACAAGGUCACAUAUGUAAAGGUCUUGUCUUUGAAUGAUUGAAUUUAAGUACUGUUGCAGGAUGAACAACUUUUUUCUGUUUAUUUUGUUUGAUUUGCAAGUCAUUGGUUAAGGUUUGUAAUCAUUUAUCACUGUACAGAAUAGCUUCUUGUCACUUGAAGUAAAAAAAAAAAAAAAAGUCAGAUUUUCAACAAUUGGCACAAUGUGAGUUUUAGUUCAGCAUAGUGACUAACCUGUCCAAUCAAGACAACAAAUGGGUUUAAUUGUAUUUGAGGCUUUGUGUUAAUGUUGGCUCUGCAGCUUUAAAUUAACAAUUUAUCAACAUACACAAAUACAUAUAUAUAUUUAAUCAUUUCUUUUGUGAGGUCAAACUGCCUUGUAUCAAGUUUUUUUUUGGGUGGCACUUUUUGUUUUUCAUAGAGUCUAUAAAUAGUGGGUGUUGUACGGAUGGAAGGCCUUCAAGAUGACACCAAAUAUACAAGAAAAGAAACUUUUACUCAAUCAUAUUUUUUACUUGAGUUACAAGAGGAAACGAGGUCUUUAAUUAAGCGGGUAGUGGGAUGUGUUGGCUUCUGAUUUCUGCUUAGGUUUCAUGUUGGUGAACUCAGUAUGCCAGUCUGUUGUUGAAUGAAAGGGCGUGGUGUAAAAGUGUUAUGUUGUACGUGACUACACCCCACUGCUGUUGCGAAACACUAGGAUUGUGGGAUUUUUUUCUUUCCCAUUUUCUUUUCAAACCAUGCUGCCUAAACAUGUUACAUUCUGAAAACAAUUAAAAUAUUUUCUCAAG